AUGACGACGAAUGAUCUGGAUUUUAAAGGCCACUUCAGACUUCAGCGUGAAAGUGUCGAAUACCUUUGCCAGAUUCUGAAUUUAAAAGAAACGAAGAAAAUUGGACGGUCAUCCAUUACAGAGGUAAAAAAAGAAAAGGUCGUCCUAUUGUCCUUAUGGAUUUUAGGAAAUCAGGAAUCCUUUAGAGGCGUAGGUGACCGUUUUGGACUAGAUAAAGGACAUGCUCAUAGGUUGUUCAUAGUAUUUUGUAAAGGUGUUUGUAAUUUAAAAGAAAUUUUCAUUAAAUGGCCAGUUGAUAAGGAUGCCCAAGAAGUGGUAAAAAACUUUUCAUCAUUAAGGGGCAGAAACAGCUUUCCAAAUGUCUUUGGAUGUGUUGAUGGGACAUUAAUACAAGUAACAGUUUGUCAUCAUGAAAAGCAAGAAUAUUACAGCAGGAAGCAGUGCACUGCAGUCAUACUUCAAGGGAUCUGCAGAAGUGACAAAAUGUUUACUGCAGUUUAUGCUGGCUGGCCGGGAUCUGCACAUGAUGCAAGGGUGUGGCGAAACAGUGAUGUAGGGAUUGGGUUAUCAAAUAAAACUCUCCCACUCCCAGAGAACUGCCAUUUACUUGGUGACUCAGCAUACCCACUAGAGACAUAUUUGAUGGUUCCUUACAAGGACAAUGGACAUCUGAAUUCCAAACAGAAAUAUUUUAAUAAAAGACUAAGUUCAUCUCGCAUAGUAAUAGAACAAGCAUAUGGUGAUCUGUUUGGACGCUUUCGUCGACUGAAAUUUUUGUUCGUAAGAAACAAGCAAUACUUAACUAAAAUUAUUCUUACUGCUUGUGUUUUACAUAAUCUUUGUAUUCUACAAAGUGAUGUUAGUCCAGAUGAGGAUAAACAUUUCACUCCUUUCCAGCCUCACCCAAGCCAACAUUCAACUAAUGCAGCAAAUAAUAAGAGGGAUGCUAUUGCUGAUUAUCUUUAUGGUGUCAUGAGACUACAAAAUAGUAGUAUAGGAGACAAUUCACAAGAAAGUGAUAAUCUAGUGUAAGGAUACAAUGACGAGGAGACUAGACGAAAUUUGUUUUUAAUACAAUAAUAUAUUUGAAACUGGCUGAUCAACCCAGCAUGUAUGAAACCGGUGUGUUAGAAAUGUAUUUAUUAGCCUUUAUUAUCAGAAACUUUAUUAAAAUAUAUGUGUAAAAUCAUAUAAAUUUAAAAUUUUAUGUACAAUUUUAUCAUU